AUGGUUGCAAAUGAUUCGGAACUUGACGUCAGAGUGGAUGAUAAUGCCUCGACACGAGGUAGAAUUGUGGGGCAAAUUGCGGGGAGGCGUCUCGAUCCCGAGUCCGAUGGAAAUGUCCAUCCUCAUGUUCCUUUACCAUACAAGAGCAUAUCCGACUCGGGCGCGGAGUCAGGAACUGCCAAAGUUGAAGUUUUCAUCUUCUCGGACUAG